GAGCACUUCCGGUGGUGUUUCCUGUCAGUGUUUGUAAACUGAGAAAAAAUUGGAAGUGCGACAAGAAAUAAUAACCUCCAAAACUGUAAAAACCAAAAGGCUUUGGCCCCUGAUGAUUUGGGUGGGUGUGGUCUCUUCUGUUACCCCUCAUCCUAAGUGAAGCCCCCUCUGUUCCCCCAAACACACACGCAUUCAAACCACGGCGAUGACCCACCAUUCCAACAACUCUGUUCGAGACCAUAUGAAAUGGGCUGGGUUGCUGGGCUGCGAGGCGGUGCUGUCCAGCAUGGCCCUGAUGCAAGCCAACAACAUCCCAGGCCAGAAGAGGAUGAUGUCACCCUUGGGACAAGGGCACAGGGCCAGUCCUGAGAGCCACCAAACCCACUCGCAGCACAGCCACAAUCACCAUGGACACCAGGUCCAUCAUGGACAACCCCACCACAGCCACAUGGGCCAGCCUUCAGCCGGGAGCUGUCCGCCACUGUUGAUCCGAAAAGACGGGGAUUAUCACUCAUCAAGAAUGAUGGAUGGAAAGGACGUGCAGGCGAACCAGAAUAUGCAACCCAAGAAGAAACACAAAAAAUCAGGGUCAUCCAGCAAAGUCAAAGAGAAAGUGGAGCAUCUACUUUCACCGAUGGAUAUGGACGAUGACGACAGUUCCUUGAAAGUCCAGAAAAACUUCAUCUGUGUGAUAAAAUAUGCCAUGAGUCUUGAUAAAUAUAGCUAAAUGAUCCACCUGUGGUUGUUAACAGGAGAGAAGCCAUUCGCUUGUGACGCGUGUGACAUGCGGUUCAUUCAGCGUUACCACCUGGACAGACACAAGAGGGUGCACAGCGGAGAGAAGCCGUACCAGUGUGAUCGCUGCCAUCAGAACUUCUCGCGGACAGACAGACUGCUGAGACACCGACGGCUAUGUACAGUUGGGAUGUGCAAAGAGGAAAGCCAGUACUCACAGGAUGCAUCUGCCCAUCCAGCUUCCUGGAGCCCCCUACAGCCUUCCAACAACCGUCUGACUGUCUGACCCUCCACUUCCCAGAGAGACCCUACAGACAGCAGCAGUGGCUCAGUGACGUCGCACGUUGGAGCUCAACAGUACUGUACCCUGAAAACACCCUAGCUUAAACACAACCAAACUUUACUUUGCUCUCACCAGCUCUGUCACAGAGCUGAUAAAGGAUUUUUGUACUUUUUUAUCUACUGUUCAGCUCGCGAUAUGGGAGAAAAGGGGAAGGACUGAUUCACAUCUUGGACAAUAGGUCUUGGAAUUAUGGCAAUAACUGAAUAAACUAACAAACAUGACUCCUUUUAGCUGAAAGGUCGCAGGUAUAUUUUUGGUAUUGCUGCCGAGGGAUUGCAAGUAUUUUUGCAUUGACUGUCAAUUUGUUGUACAGCACCUCUUAGUUGACCUGCAUCAACCCCAAUGCUGUACUUUACUACAUACGGACAGUUCACUAAAGGACUCAUACAGAACUGUGUAGCUUUUUAGUGUUUGAUUUCUUCUCAUUUUGAGUUCCUUGUGCUACUAAUAAUGUACCAGCUACUGCUCAGAAGUGAAAGGUCACAGCAGACUUGUGGUCCAUGCUGCCGCCUGUCUAAUAAUGUAGGUGUUGUGUGCGUAACACAUCUGAAAUUUAUUGUUAUUUUUGACAACACUGAUCAUAAAAGGGGCUUAUCGCAGAGUAAACUGGUGAUCCAUUUUCACUUCAUGUAGAGGGUUGCCUUUUUUAAACACACAAUUUUUGAGUGGAUCUAAAAACUAAUUUCUUACCUGCUGUCCGCCUAGUUGUAAACUGAAAAUACUACAGAUGCAUCCCUGUUUGGUGAUGCAUACAAACAGGUUGAAGAACACUAAAAGUUAACUAGAAGCUAAUCUUGGCAUUAGUUAAGUUGUGUAGCGACUGUUGGCUCACGUAUUCACUGUUCUACCUUGUUUUAAAGGGAUUCUUGUCCUGACUCCUCAUAGGUUACACUGUUGACAUAUAGUUAAAGGGUGACAGGUUUUGUAGCAAGAGCCCAGAUUCUUUUCUUUGACGCUCUUGAACAAAGAUAGUGAUUUCUUUUUAUAUAAUAACUGGAUGUAGGAACCACCUGUUAGGUGCUUCUGUAAGAACCCCUUCAGUAUAAAGGCAUUGUGUUUAUUGUCUCUUUGUUCCUAGAAACCACUGUCAGGCUUUUUUUUUUUUUUUUCCCCUGCUCAGCGUUAAUAGAUUUUUCUCACUCUGAAAGAUGUCCGUCCUUUCAAAAGUAUUUUGGUAAGUGAGGAUGGGUCAGCGUGUUGUCUGUAAUCACAACAUUUAACAACAGUUCAUGAGAGUACUGUAGCACAAAACCGAUUAAAGCUGCAGGUGGUAACUGUGAUAAACUUCUUGUCAUGUGCUGAAUGUGUCACUAUAUCCACGAAGUAGGAUAUGAGACAAAUUAUCUUUGAAAGAAAGCAUGUUCCUCCUCCUUCUUGUUGUGCUUCUAAGGAAAUAUGCAAGCAGCAGAGGAGUCUUGAACGCAGCUGUCAGUCACAUCAACCACUGCUUGUGAACUGCAACUGAACUAUCAAACUAGGCAACGCUGAUCAAAUAUAAGGACGUUUGUGACCCGGGUGCCAUGUUGAAAACACUCUAAAACAACUGGAAAGAAAGCAACGCCCACCAACAGAGCAAACAUUUUCGUUAUGCAGCUAAACAGUACACUAAAAUAUGUUUCUGACAACAUUUGAGGUGGGAAAUAGGCAAUACAGUAACAGUUGACAGUUCGGCUACAGUUCCCGAACAGUGAUGGCCAGCUGCGUAAGACACUCCUCGGCUCUGAUUAGUUUUUUUUUUUUUUUUUUAAAGAAUCUGCUCAUGUACUUUUGUGUGGAUGUAAUGACAGUUUCCGCAUUUAUAACAAAUAUUUAUUUUUUAUAAAUGUUACCAACUGUAGCUUUAAAACUAGUCAAAAACCUUAAAUUUAUUUUCAGUGGAGGCACUGUGGAAAUUUGGUUUUGACUAGUAAAAUUCAGUGCCCAUGAUAAUAAUCACCCAGAUAGAUUUAAAGAUUUCAAUCCAUAAAUUUCAAGAGCUCGCCUCCAUCUUGACCCGACUGAAUGUGAUCGAAUACAGUGCCAUGUCAUUUCAUCUCCAGUUCAACUGUGAGCAUCUUCAGUGAAGAUGACGAGCAGUGGACGGGAGAAUAUGAAGUCCACGUGGUGUUUUUCUACGAUGAUAACCUACACGAUAUUAUGUUCAGGCCUCUGUGUGAUGAAAUCAGACUGUAAACACUGGACUGAAGAUGUUAGCUCUGUUGUAGAGGAUUGUAUUGUAGACUGGUACUUCUGUUUCUGUCAGACUUUUAGAUUGUGUGAAAGGAGUCUGGGGCCCGUUACUGACUCACCUACUUUUUAUGAAGUUAAUAUAUAUUUAAAUUGUACUAGGGGUAGAAUAUAGUAUGUAUGGGACCUACACUUCAAACAGAAAUCAAAGUAUUUACAAAGCUAUAAUCUUAGUCUGAUGAUUUUUUUUUUUUUUUUUAAGACAACUGAAAAUGGUCGUCCUUCAACUUUCUAUUAGGAGUCAAAUAAAAGCUGUCACUCUUGCCCUUUUUAGCAUAGCAGCCAUGAUUAGACAGCAUAUUUUUUCAUUUUUAUUUUGCAUGUAUUCGUUGGAGGAUCUUGUAUACAUUUGUUUUGGUAAAGAGAAUUUCUUUUUUUAAAUGUGAGCCCCACCUUUCUUGUCAUUUCAGGGUUGAAGUGAAAUCAAUUUUGACUCAAUCAAACUGUAGUGAACGGAGUUUUAGGGCCCCAAGUCUCAAUAAAGCUGUUACACUUUUUAAA